CCGGGAAUUCUGGAACAUCUCACCACUAUUGAUUGAAUAAUUAGCGUCCAACAAGAUAUUCCACACACAAUCGACUAAUAAUUUCCGGAACAAAUUUAGCCCCAUCCUGCUUACAAUCUGCUGAAGGGACCGACUCUUUUUAUUCUAUUUGCUGGUCUAUAUAUGGACGUCAUCGAUGCCUCAGGCGUUCGAGCUAUUCCCACUCUUUAAGUCAACAAGAAACUCAAAUUUAAUUGACAAAACCGCUACUAGAAAUGGCCAAUUCCAACGCAAGGUUCAUAAAUACAGAAAUGGGAGUGAGGGCAUCGCAAGCCUGUGACCGGUGUCGGAUAAAGAAAACAAGAUGCGAUGGAGGAAACCCAUGUUCGAAAUGUGCGUCGGUGGGUUUUCUGUGCACCGUGUCCGACAAGCUAGCUCGAAGGUCGUUUCCAAAAGGAUAUACUGUCAACUUAGAAAACAGAAUCAAAGAGCUCGAAAAGGAAAUAAAACUGCUCAAAUCGCAAACGAGCUCGAACGGAGUGAAAUCCGAAAACCCGGGAGUCGAACCCACGCCGAAUCCUGAGAUCCACAAAACAAAAGAUGCAGAAAAUGGAACAGCAAUUGGUGAACCGCCCGCAGUUAUUGUGAAGAAUCAAAACCAUCUGAUCCAAAUCAAUAAUCCAAUCGAUCAGAUCUUCAAUCUCGAUGAAAACGGCAUUAUCAUUGGUAAUGACAACUUGAACUUUGAGUCACAAUUCAACCAUCUUCUUAUCAAUUUGAAGCUCCCUUUUCUCAAAAUCACCAAUUCUCAUAACUAUCUACAAGAUGAUCCGAACACCUACUUAUUCCAUCGUUCUUACAAGAACUACAACAACUAUCAUAACAAAGACUUAGGGGUCAUCUAUAACCCUUUAACUAUGAAAGGACUGCUUCGAAACUCUGGUCCAGGUAGUGAAGAGCUUCCCACCGAUGUUUAUGACCUAUUCAUUAAGCUUGUAAGCAAUUUCAAAAAGUUAUUCAGCUCCAAAAAAGAGCUAGACCAUCAAAUCGUCCAAUACUUCCUCAAUUAUAACACAUUUAUCCCUAUUUUUGAAUACGAGGUGUUCAUGCAAGGAUAUGAUGCUUUCCACACAAUGUACCCAUUCAUGUUUACGUACGAUGAUGCGACUAUCAACGGCUUCAACUUGUCCUCAAACGACUAUCAGGUUGUCAACGAGUAUCUCGUCCUUGUGAUCCAGAUAUAUGCCAUGAUUCUGAUGAACGAUCCCUCCCUCAAUCUUAAUUUAUUGCUCAACCACAAAUCUCCAAAUUAUACUUUUCGUCAAGGAAGAAUGGAGAAAAAAAAUUUGGUGAGCUCGCUUUACGACUUUCUUCCUUAUUUGAAUGUAUUUCAUGUCUCCGUCAAUCAACUACACACAUACUUGUUGUUUCUUUACUACUCGCUUAUCACAAACAAUAAGGAGAAAUCUUUGGUUUUAUCUUCACUUAUCAACGCUUUCAUUGGAAUCUUGGGUGUUAACCUUAAUUGUGACAACUUGUUUUUCAGUGAUUUGAGCCUCACUUUAUCUCAAAGACGCGAUCGAGUCAAAGUCUUUUGGUCUUUUAAAAUAUUGCUCAAGUGUUUUAACUUGAAGUUUGGUUUCAAGCCAACAAUCAAUACAACGGUAAUUAAUCCAGUCACCAUUGAUCGAUAUUUCAAGCUAACUCCCGAAAAGCUCAGUCUGUUAGUCACUCCAAAUACUGAUGGGAAUAUAGACAGUUUGUUCGAAACUCUUCUAGCCCCUAGUAUUGAGUUUUUGAAUUUGAUGAAUAUUGUCAUUCCAUCUUCAUUUUCCCCAAAUUACUAUGAGUAUUUGAAGCAAGAUCGACAUGGAGGUGAAGCUCAAAAUCCCGCCGCAGCAGCUAAGAAAGGGCAUACCAGCCACCUUGACUGGAUUCUAAAUGAUGAUGAUGGAGAUGGCAAUGACGGAAACCUUAAUUAUAAUUACAACCAGUUUUUGUCGAUUGAUAAAAACCUCUCCAAUUGGAGGUAUGCUCUCCAAGAUAAGAAAUUGAACAUACAGCCUUUGGAAAAGGUAAUUGGCUUGUCAAUGCUAUCAAAAUUCGAGGAUUCCUCGCUUUAUUACAGAAUUUCUUUCGACGGGGGCAAUAUGUACCAAAACUUUGGAAUUUCUCAAGAAGGGCUACAUCACUAUGUCAACACUGGCAUACCUGAUGUUCAUUCUGCAAUACAAUUGAUCAAAAUGCAGUUGCACUUUCAUUACCUCAUGAUUAGGUCUAUGAAUUACUUGAACUUUGUGAUAGAACACGAACUAGCCUCAGGCUACUAUUUGAAAAUUGCGAGUAUCUCCAGAGAAGUCCUUGCAUUCUUCUUGAUCAUUUUUCAACAUGUGGGGCACUCACAUACCGAAGUUCCUGAUGCUCUCGAGAGCAUAAAUGAGAUGAAAAAUGUUUACGAUCCUUUUCCUUCCACAUUUGAUAUCGAUGAGGAAGGUUUGAUUAUCAAUGACUUUUCGGCAAGACGGAGAAGAAAAGAUUCAGGCUCGAAAGUUCGAUUUCCGAGUAAAGCCAUACCGAGCUCCCCUUUCAACCCCAUCCUAAACGGUUUAUCUUUGACAAUGAUUAAUUUCAAAAAAAUCAUCGUACUCCAAAUGUUAUAUCUUCUUAUUUGCAACUUAAAGAUUGCAAAGAAGGGAGGCAGCAUGAGUGGCGAUACUUUACAGAUUUUGAGCGACAGUAUAUCUCUCUUUAUCAAAAUCUUCAUCAAUUAUAAACCUCAUCCAAGCAACCUGCUGACUAUAAACAAAAAGGAAGAGUUUCUGCUUUUCAAACGGAUCAUCAAUGAUGAAUUGAAAGACGACAUAUUGAACGACAGCAAUAAUGAUACAGACUUGGAGGAUGAAGAAGCAAAUGAAAUAGACUGGGAUGAUGAAAACAUGGAUGAGGAUUUGAAGUACCUCAAAAUAUUGAAGUACAUCAAGUAUAAAACAAGCUCCUUAACCGAAUUGACAACGAGUCAGGGGUGGAAAGACAACAAGGAACUAAAGCCGGAUAUUCUUGAUAGUAUGGUAGUGGUUGGUGUUCCUGGCAACAACAGUUUACAGCAACAGAGGAUUCCAAAUUCUGUCUCGACUCUGAACUCGGCCAACCCAUCGGCAUUCCUUCGGUUCUCACCUGGUACUUAUACGUCUGACCUAAACCUGGCUGCAAUCUAUCCAAAUUUUGAUUCCCCUGGCACAGUAGCCAAGCUUGGAAGUAUUCUUGAAAAGGGAGACGAGAAGAAUAAGCAGGAAAGAGAACUUGCCAAUGAUUUAAUGAGCAUGCGAAAUGGUGUUCUUCGGCAAAACUAGUAGGUACGAGUGAGAUUCAUAGAUUGUUACUAGUAAUCUAUAAGACACAUUUUAGAGAC